AUGGAUCCGCCACCAAAGCAGAUGGGAUCCCCUCCUAUCAAGCUUACCAGAACAGCAGGAAUCUUGUUCCCUUUGAUAUUUCUCAUAACAUUUCCGUUUUCUUUACCGUUGAAGAAGUUCAGCUCCACAGUGUCUCAAAAUGCAGUGUUGAGCUUUCUCAACUACGUUUUUGUGCAACAGUUGGGGUACUUGUUCUUUACUAUAGCAUUCUUGAGUUAUGCCGUUUUUUACAUUGACAAUAAACCCACGAGAGCUAGGAAUAUUGGGGUUCUUUUGUUAAAAUACGCCAUCAUCACAGUCAUUGCCAUGCUCUUCCACGGGGUGUUCUUCAAAUUUCUGGUGGUUGAGCUUGUCAACAGAUUCACUGGUGGAAAUUGCAGUGAUCGCUCCGUAUCAAUGGCAAAGUGCCGCCAAUCACCAGAGUAUCAAUGGGUCGACGGGGUCGAUAUUUCAAGUCACUACUACUUCUUGCUGAGCCUGGUGCUUAUGCUUCUAAACAAUCAGUUCUGCGCCGCCAGAGCCACAGACAGUGUGUCUCAGCCUCCGCCAAAGACAAUUCGUUUCUCCCAAUUAGCGGUCCUUUACCUUUCGUUUAUCUUGAUGUCGAUUUGGAUUUUCGAAUUCAUAAUUACCAGCUUGUUUUUCCACACCAUUACUGAGAGACUUUUCGGUCUUAUAGGAGUACCAGUAGCAUUGUUGACUAUCUCGAUCAGCGGAAGGCUACUCCCUGGUGAAGACGAUGGCGACACCUAG